AUGGUUCUGACUGUUGCUGAAGCCAAGAAGUUGACAGUUCCACGUCUGAAGGAAGAAUUAGCCAAACGAGGACUGGACGCCUCUGGAAACAAGCCGGAUUUGCUCUCCCGUUUGACGGAAUACAUUCAGCAGGUAGGCAUAUUUAUUUAUCGAUUAAUUUCUGAGCUCAUACGUGGUUUUCAGGCUGCCGAAGACCUGAUUCUGGGUGACAGCGCCGCCGACGAGCAUCACCUUCUCAAUGAUGACAUUCUCAACGACGACGACGAUAUUCUGGAUGCUCCUAGCAUUGACGGCGAGCAGGAUGCGCUCGACACGUCGGCAGUGAUCACAAAGACGGAAGGAUCGAAGGCUGAGACGGAAAGCGAGAAGAAAGAGGUCAUUUUGGCGGAGAAGAAGACCGCCGGAAGUGUGGAAGAGGCUCAGCGGCUCCGCGCCAUUCGAUUUGGCAUCCCUCUGAGCACAGAGGCUCUCAAUUCGGACAGCGCCAAGUCAGCCAGAGCCGACCGGUAAAAUAAUGCGGAAAAACAAUGUUCCAACGAUUUUUUUGCAGAUUUGGCAUUCCAAAAGACGCAAAACUUCUAUCGUCGGACGAGGCAAAAGCUAAACGGGCAGAACGAUUCGGAUCGGAUAACGGAUCCACCGAAAAGCCGUCGGAUGAGAAAUUGGCUGCUCGAGCUGCCAGAUUCGGGCUUCCAGUCGGCGGAGCGUCUGGAGGUCAGGCAGAAAAGCUGGCAGGCCGGGCAAAACGGUUCGGAGGACCGGCGACGGCGGUGGUUGAUGAUGAGGAGACGGCGGCGAAGAAGAAGGCGCGGUUGGAGCGAUUUGGAGCUGGAGCGAAGUGA